AGAGCCCAGCCCAGCACGGUCUCCGGGGAUGUAGCUGGUGGGACAGUGAGCAGAGGGCUGGGCCCUGUGCCUGGGGACUGUGGCCUGGAGGCUGAGCAGGAGCUGAGGAGGGGACCAGAGGGAUGAGGCCCCUAAGCUGGCCACCAUGGCCAGACUCUGGGUGCAGGGGAGGUGAGGGGCCUGUGUGUGCCUUAUCUUCCCAGACACACUGGAUCCUUCUUGUCCUCUGAUCAAGGGAAAGACAAACGACCUGGAUGGACCACGACUUUGCUCCUGCUCCUCCAGAGAUGCAGUCGCAUGGAGCUCCAGGCCCGGGAACCUCCUUCUCCCAUAGCCAUGUGCUGGGGCGCCCUAUCUGCCCCUCGAGACUCCCUGGAGGAGGGUCCCCCCUCACCCCCAUCCUCAGGAAGACCAUCCAUCUGGAUACCUUCCCCCAAAGCCAUAUCCCACAGACCUCCAGCCGGCUGGGCCUUGGAGCCAGGACCCGGAGUGUGCCCCCACAGGAGACGGGCAUCGCUCUGGGGGCUUCCUUGAGCCCCCUGCCCACCAGCAGCCUUGUACCCAGGAAGCUCAGCUCCAUCUCCUUGACUCUCCGUCAGAACAGCCAGGCACGGUCCCUGGAUCGCCCACUUUCUCACUGGGAAGAGUUGCCUACCCCAGGAAAGAAGGCUGCUCCCCAUGAAGGAGGGAGGGUGUCCUCGCCAGGCUCGCCACCUGUGACCCUAGUGCCAGGGGGCAGGGUCCACUCUGAGGGCCCAGGGAACCCAGGUCUGACCAAAUCCAACAGGAUGCUUGCCACAGAGAAGCCCCUGGUGAGUUCCUACCUAGCCUUACCUUUCCAAUCCCGGUUAGCCCAGAGUGCACCAGUCCUUGCAGAGCCAGGCUCGUUGGGCCAGGGGCACCUUGUCUCAGUGACUGACCACAUGCCUACCAGAGCUUCUCCAGGAAAAGGCAAGCCCCGGGCCAGGGGGAUCCCCAGACCCCGGGGGCGUCUCCAAAGGGCCAACACGGCUGUGAAUUUGACUGCAAUGGACACAAGGACAGACGCAGCCAGACAUUUAGCCACAAUGGCCACCAACAGACCUAGCUUGGCUAUCAAUUUAGCCACACCAAACACAUCCCAACUGGACACAGGCACAGAGUUCCCUGCUCUGGAUAUCAAGCUGGGCACAGCCAGAGACUUGUCUUCGGUAGGGACAGUCAAGUCAGGCAAAACCGUGAACUUGGCUACAGCAGGCACAAUCAAGCCAGGCACAGCCAUGAAUCUGACUACAGUUGGGACAACCAAGCCAGGGAUGGUCAUGGAUUUGAUAGCCUCAGAACCAGACAAGCUGGGCAAAGCCAUGGCUACAAGAAGCACAGCCAAACCAGAUAUGACCACAGAGGGUAUAGCCAUGGAUUCAGCAACAUCAGACCCAGUCAAGCCGGACACAAUCACAGCUACAGUGGGCACCAGUAGGUUGGAAACAGCCAUGGCUUUGGCCAGAGUGAACAGAGCCAAGCUGGGCACGGCUAAGAAUUCUCUUGCUUUGGACACAAGCAGGAUGGGCACAGCUGUGGGUUCAGUUGUGCCAGUAACCCCAGACCCAGCCACUGGGAAGACCACACUGGGCAGUGUUAAUAACCUAACCAUAUCAGACGUUGCUACAUGCCUGCUAAUGCCAAGCAGAUCCACAGACCCAGCCCUGGACAACACUAAUGCUGCCAUGGACAGAGCCACAGAGCCUGCCUCACUGGACCUGGCCACAGAAUACAAAGGGCUCCCAGAGACCAGGACGGACGCAGCCAUGUCAGAGCUGGUGCCUGAGCCCAGGCCUAAGCCAGCGGUGCCCAUGAAGCCCAUGAGCAUCAACUCCAACCUGCUGGGCUACAUCGGCAUCGACACCAUCAUCGAGCAGAUGCGCAAGAAGACCAUGAAGACCGGUUUCGACUUCAACAUCAUGGUCGUUGGCCAGAGUGGACUGGGCAAAUCAACGCUGGUCAACACGCUCUUCAAAUCCCAAGUGAGCCGCAAGGCCUCCAGCUGGAACCGGGAGGAGAAGAUCCCCAAGACAGUGGAGAUCAAAGCUAUCGGGCAUGUGAUAGAGGAAGGCGGUGUCAAAAUGAAGCUGACCGUCAUCGACACCCCAGGCUUUGGAGACCAAAUCAACAAUGAAAACUGCUGGGAGCCCAUUGAGAAGUACAUCAAUGAGCAGUACGAGAAGUUCCUGAAGGAGGAGGUCAACAUCGCCAGGAAGAAACGCAUCCCUGACACUCGUGUCCACUGCUGCCUUUACUUCAUCUCUCCCACAGGACACUCCUUGCGACCUCUGGAUCUUGAGUUCAUGAAACACCUCAGCAAGGUUGUGAACAUCAUCCCUGUCAUUGCUAAGGCUGACACCAUGACCCUGGAGGAGAAGUCUGAAUUCAAGCAAAGGGUUCGCAAGGAGCUUGAAGUAAAUGGCAUUGAAUUCUACCCCCAGAAGGAAUUUGAUGAGGAUUUGGAGGAUAAGACGGAGAAUGACAAAAUCAGGCAGGAGAGCAUGCCUUUUGCUGUGGUGGGAAGUGACAAGGAGUACCAAGUGAAUGGCAAGAGGGUCCUCGGCCGAAAAACUCCAUGGGGGAUCAUCGAAGUGGAAAACCUCAACCACUGUGAGUUUGCCCUGCUUCGAGACUUUGUCAUCAGGACCCACCUCCAGGACCUCAAGGAAGUGACACACAACAUCCACUAUGAGACUUACAGGGCCAAGCGGCUCAAUGACAAUGGAGGCCUCCCUCCGGGAGAAGGCCUCCUGGGCACUGUCCUUCCACCUGUGCCAGCCACCCCCUGCCCCACUGCUGAAUGAAGGCCAUUUCAAGCGCUGCUUCUCCCUCCAUUCCUCUCAGCUGUUAUUGCUGCAGGGCCAAGCCCUUUUUAGUGCUGUGCUCAUCCAGCUCACCACCACAGCCCCUCUCAGCCCUCAGUAGGUGGGAGGGGCCAGCUGCCUCUUUAGACCAGUUGCAUCCUCCAUUUAUCCAAACCACUCCUCUCCUCCCAGUGGAGUGGGGUUCUGCCAGCACAGCCCUACUGCAUCAUCUGCGUCAGCCGGUCCUAGCCCAUCUGCAGGGUGAAAGAACUCAUCAAGAGCUCCUUCUGCCCUUGUAAGCCCAUCCCAGCUACUUGUAACCAUCUCUAAGGGCAAUGGCAUUGCUCCCUACCCAUUCAUCUGCAUGAGCUACUCUUGGCUUACUUAAAGGGUCAAGAAAGCAAUUUUUCUGCUUACUAGAUUCAUUGAGAUCAGCUGUGUGAGCCCCAAAGUGGGACAAGGGUGUCUCCUUCAUUACUUAAAGGUAUUCAUGAGGGUGGGUCACUACAGAUGUUGGGGAGCAAGGGCUAGGAUCACUUUUUAAAAAAUCACCACUUGUGGCUGGCCCAGAGUGCAGUUGUACAUCCUCCCCACCUCAUAACGCAGCCACUGAGGAAGAGUGGUUUUCCUAAGAAGACAUUGCUGGAGUUGACUUUCUUCUGUCCAAACAAACAAAAACUAAACACACACACAAACCCCCAGAAACCCACAAUAUGUACACGCUAAGGAAAAACUAGCACCCUUCUGUCCACUCAGCAAUAAGAGGGAUCUCUUCCCACCUACCCUACCUACUCCUACCCCCAACCCCCUUCCCCAUUAAUGUGAGUAAUGAAUUAGCCUGACCACAGGUGGUCACUGUAGGCUAAUGGAAAAUACCCAAGGGAGGGCAAAGCCCCCCAUCAGAUGCAUGAAUGUUUGCGAAUGUUGACUGCCACUGCCCCACACACUGUGUCUUUAUAGAAUUCCCCUUUGCCCACCCUCUUCCUGUCUCCACCUGGACACAACUUGCUCAAAGGCUGGUGACUUGUGGGCCAUUCAUCUACAACCAAGUCCUGAUGGAGCAAGAGGCCCACGCCUAGGGGAUGCAAGAACAACCCGUUUCUUAAAUGUUACCAGUCCCAGCCAAUCUUAUGGUGACAUUACAGUUAAAUUUCCCAAUUGAAAACAAGCAAACAGACACUCAAACUGGUCCUGUAAUUGUUGCUAGACUUUAUGUGUUGUACAACUAAACAUUGCUGUUUGAACAGUAA